GACUCUGACUAUGGUCAAUAAUGAGUCAGUCUGUUGAUCAAUCACAAGGGUUCAAAUGGGCAAGUGAGCCGUGAAGGUCUGUAUUCAGCACAGAGGAACCAAAGAUGAAGGUCACAUACUCUCUCUUCUGUGUGUUAGCGGUCUUGUCCUCUGCCUUGUCAGAGGAAACAGGAGAAGAUGGUAAGUUAUUAAACCCAAGAGGUGCCCGUCCUAUUGAACAUGGAUACAAAGCUCAGGACACCUGUCAAACAAAAGAAUGGCCGAUGUGUACAGACGAGGACUGGGGAAACAGGUGUCCGUCUGGCUGUCGAGUCCAAGGCCUGAUGGACAAAGCUGAUCAUGAUCUCAUCAAGAAGAUCGAGAAGAUUCGUAACCUCCUGGAUCAAGGCAAAAAACUCUACCGCUCCGCUGAUCAGGACUCCAAGACGACUUACAAUUACCUUAGAGAACGCCUAACCUCCGAUGCAGGUGGUGAUAACCGAUAUGUGUCUCUGGCUGAACAGCUGAGGCAGAGGAUUUCAGAGAUUAAGAUUAAAAUUGACCGUCAACUCAGGUUACUAGAAGCUUUGAAGUCACAGAUCAAAGAUCAAGUUGUCACAAUGCAACGACUGGAGGUUGACAUUGACAUCAAGCUGCGAGCUUGCAAGGGCUCUUGCUCAGGCUACAGCGAGUUCUCGGUGGACAAGGAGGGUUAUGUGUCCAUAGACAAACAAUUGGACCAUCUGAAUACUAUGCGUGUGCAGAGCGUUGAGACCUUCACUUCCCUGGGUGUCAUGAAGAGCAGACCCUUGAAAGACCUUGUAGUGCCCUCCAUAUACAAGACUGGAGCAAGCACGGUCCAAACCGAGCAGAAGCUCCUCUUCGGAGACGUGGGUCAGUUGAAGCUUACUCUGGAAGCAGAAGGUUCCACUGCGGAAUCCGCCGCCACCGUCAGCAAAAUCCCCACAGGUACGGGCUCCUCCUCAUCGCACACAGUACAAUGCUCCAAAACAGUUCGCAAGACGGUAACGCAGACCAAAGAUGGCACCGUGGAGAAGGUUGAAGUUAUAGGUGGCGGGCCCGGGUGCGAAGACUUAGGAAAGCUAGGAAUUUCCGAUCAAGAUUUUUUGGCCGCAGCCAGGGACGGGAAAGAUCUGAGUCGUGACGGGUUGAAGGUAACCGUGACGGGUGGAGAUGAAAGGUCUAUCACAAGUUUGAAUUCCGGCACAGAUGAACUAGUUGGCUUUGGCGGUGACUUCUUCAAGGAUCUUGGCACCAGCUCCCGAAAGACAUCUUCUUCGUCUUCAUCGUCGUCCAGCUCCUCAUCAAAAACGAUUCUGUCGGAUGGAACCAAAACUUCCACAAAGACCACCUUUUCUAGCGACGUAGAUUUUGGGGACGACUUGGGGGCGUUCUUGCGCGGCGAUGUGGAAGAAGACCUUCCAGAUAUCCACGCACGAAGCCUGAAAUCGCGCGACGAGCGCAAGGCUGGCUUUGUCGGUGAAGAUUGCAAUGAAAUCCUGCAGAAGCAUGCUAACGGCAGUCAGAGCGGCCUGUUCAAAAUAAAGCCGGCCGGGUCGGAGGAAAUAGUAGUUUACUGUGACCAGGGCACUGGGUUGGGUGGCUGGACUCUGGUUCAGCAGAGGGAGGACGGGUCUGUAAACUUCAAUCGCACUUGGAAGGAGUAUCAGGCUGGCUUCGGUAAAAUAGAUCCACAGGGUAAGGGUGAAGUCUGGAUUGGGAACAGGUUCCUACAUCUUCUCACUCAGAUAGAAAGUGUUUUGAGGGUGGAAUUGCAGGAUUGGAAGGGUAACGAGGUCUAUGCCGAGUACAACGUUAAAGUUGGCUCAGAAGCGGAGGGAUUCGCGCUGACUGUUUCGGAGUACACGGGGGACGCGGGGGACGCGCUGGUGCAGCCUAAUUUGAAAAACUUCCUUUCGCAUGCCGGAAUGAAGUUUAGCACCUUUGAUAGGGACAAUGAUCGUUGGGAGGAGAACUGCGCAGAGAUGUAUGGCGGCGGGUGGUGGUACAAUAACUGUCAGUCGGCCAACCUCAAUGGGAUUUAUUAUAAGGGAGGCCAAUAUGACCCUGGCAGCAAGGUCCCGUAUGAGAUUGAAAAUGGCGUUGUGUGGUUGCCAUUCAAACCAGCAGAUUACUCUCUCAAAGUAGUGCGAAUGAAGGUCAGACCUGUCUAAAAACUAUACAGAAGUUGUAACCAAAGGUGGUGCACAAUGUUUUGAUUGAUUGUUAUGUUCACUAUACUGCUUGGCAAAAUGUAAAUCCAUGAUGUUUCCAUGUCAAUUUUUACAACCAACAUACCUCAUGUUUCAAAUAAAAUGUGUUCACUGCAA